AUGAAUAAAGCACCUUCAAUGGAUAGAGAUUCAAUGGUGGAGUUGAAGAAGAGAUUCAAGAAGAUGAGCGUGGUUCCAGAUGAAAAUAGUUUUUCUAAUGCCAUCCUCUCUCUCAAGGAACAUCAGAAACCAGCCAUAGUCAUCAAGAAUACCAGUUUCCUUGAUGUCCGUUUUUUCUACUUGAGCAAUCUUAGGCUCGCACGGCUAUGCAUUCAAGCUAAGCUCUCUACGGUUAUCCGAGAGUUUACAAUCAUCAAUGAACCUGCGUGCAUAGACUUUUUCGAGCAUUAUUUCGAUGACUUGGACCUUGCUCUAGCGCAGCUCAAGUAUGCAACUCAACUGCUCAUGAAAAUCGCUACGUAUUUUAUCCAGCUUAUGGAAAAGGAUGAUUGUAAUACACUGGACCGGUGCAAGUACCUGAAAGUGAAUGCUAUUGGGUGUAUGUAUACCGUUGCAAUGAGAUGCCUCCCUAUUUUGGCUUAUGUCGAAAAGGUCAGGCAGCACAUGCUGGCUCAGGACGAUGAUCCCACUCAUGAGAAUGCCCCUCCCUCACACAUUGUCUUGGCUAAGGAAGACUGCACAAUCCCUCACACAUCUGCCUUUGAGGUUGAAAAGGCUGCCGGCUUGGUUGAUCCAGACACUUUGCGUUGGCUUGAAGAGUUGGAAGAGAAACAUGGCUUUAGGAUGCAUGAUGAUUGUGCUCAAGAGCACCCAUUAGCAGCAUGA